AUGACAUGUCUAAGCGAGUUGUUUCUAUUACUUUUCAUCACACCAUUAGCUACUCAAAAUCUACGCACACUAAAAUUAUCUCAUCUCAACAAUACUCUCUAUACAUGCUCUGAUCCACAAUGUUCGCCUUCGACUCUUGUCACUGUUUCCAACGUUAGACACUGUCAAAUGGUAUGCUUAGCCACUACCGAGUGUCGCACGGUGGUGUUUUAUCGCUCGACUAAUCAGUGUCAACUAUUUGUUGAUAUUGCAACUUACAUGGCCACUACUGAGUGUCGCACGGUGGUGUUUUAUCACUCGACUAAUCAGUGUCAACUAUUUGUUGAUAUUGCAACUUACAUGGGUACUUUGUCAAUUCAGAUGGAUGUGGAGACAAUGAUUGCUAUUGAUAACAGAAAACUAUCAGCUCCUACAACGAGCACAACGACGACCACUACAGCGAACCCAUAUCUAUGUAGUAAUAUGACCAUACUUGCUGGAUAUAACAUGCCCGGCGAUGAUAUAACUUCUAAAAUUCUUGAUAGUUAUGCGCUGUGUUGUCAGUGGUGUUUGACUUAUAGUGGUUGCGUGGCAUUUGUCUGGGGAGUAACAGGAGCAUCCACUUCGAGAUGUUAUUUAAAAAAUGCUGUUCCUGCCUCUACAGUCGACUCAAAACUUAUCAGUGCACAUUAUUAG